AAUAACAGAGGAGGUUAUAACGUUGGGGACAAGACAAGCCAAGCGUUCGCCACCGAGGAUGAUCAAUAUCAAAUGAAAUAUUUCCAAAGUGGAGACGACCCAGAGGCGUCACCUAGCAACCUGGUCGUGGAAUGGACCAAUCAGCACGGUUGUGGCGGAAGCGAGGACGAUGACCCUCACAAGGUCAACUGUAACCUCGUGCUACAGUACAUGUGUCAGCCAGCUGACGUAGAACAAGGCGAACUUCACAGGAUCAGGGACGGGCUUACUACGAACACGCAAGGUUACACCCGCCCAACAUCACUUACCGAGGACCGCGCCACUUUCGAAGCUCGCAGAGCAGGGCAAGUGAAAGAAGAUCGAUUUCUUCAAGAGCCAUUUGAGUGGUACGACAAGUGUUUUGUUCGGGAGAGAAAUAAAGGUCUUUUCACCGCUGAUCAGAACCUGCGCAGAAAUAACGGUCUGCGUGUCAGCAGCGCCAUCUACACAAGACAGAACAGAAAUGGCCAAAGAAGAGGCUACGAGUGCCCCGAGGAGAGAGAUUACUACCCAUACUGGCAUCCGACUCCAUGGAAGGAUAUCGUUGUCUUGGCAGAAAACACUAGCCUGUGCGAUACACAUUACAGAAGCAAGAGUUUCAACACCCAUAAAUACGGAGAGUGUGUUGAGGGCGGCCGCCAUUUUUCCAAAUAUAACAACCCCGAUGCUUGUACGGAGGCUGGGCACCAGUGGGUAGAAUUCUCCAACUAUCUAGAAAUCUCCACUGAGGAUAACCGGGCAGACUGUGAAGAGGCGGGUCGCGUGUGGGCAGUACCAUACGAUGCAGUCACUGGGACUACGGAACAGAAAUGUCUCGUCCCUCUACCGGAAGUCGACUGCAUGGAGGCGCCAUGGUCAAGAGUUAAUCAUAAUGGUAACGGCAAGGACGGCGUGCCUCUCAACUAUACUUGGGUUUUGCCUUACUUUCCUUCCGGGCAAGAUCAAAAAUGUGUUUUCAGAAUAAGGUACAACAUCACCACUGACGAUUACGACCCCUACAACACCGACUCGACAGAGAACGGCGCCGCAAAUUCUCCGGUCACCAACAACCCAAAUGUGGACAUCGGCGCCGGCCUCUCGCCUCUUCGCCUAAAUAUCAACACCGCCCAGUUCGGCAGGGUGUUCCAGGACCGUUCACACGCCUUCAUCCUCAGAUCUCGCCCAGCAGAAAUACAAGGGACGCUGCACAACCUCAACGUCCGCGGAAAGAGGGGAAACAUCGUGCAAACGUACCCGGCUGUGGAGUACGAUUUUAUUCCCACCGAACUUCACAUGACUGAAAACGACUUGGUGCACGUUCAGUGGACAGGCUCUAACACACACAACAAUGGCGCCCCUGGCGGCGACGGCCAGACGGGUGAUGCGGGACAGGGCAAAGCCGGCACAGACAGACAUAACUUUGUCGAACUUUUGGACCGGAACCACAACUUCCCCAAGCCGUUCGAGCAGUCGACCUUCUGGCAGAAUGCAGAAGUAAAAUGGAUAUACUAUGGCAGCACGGCAUCAACAGCUAAAGGUCUUGCCUUGAAUAUGGCUACUUCUGGAUAUUAUGAAUGCGAUACGGAUGAUUGCAGCGGCGUUGUUGGGAACAAGGAUGAACUUAAUGCCCAACUUGACAACGCUCCGGCUUCUUACGAAGGUGUAGUCCUGCGUCUAAACCAGGGAACGUAUCACUACAUGAGCUCCCGGAAUAACGCUUUCACCAACAGAAGUCAAAAGGGGACCGUCCACGUGCACCAGGGUUGAGGCGGAGGGAACGACUAGAUCGGCUCGUUUUAUUGCGUUUAGACAGAGUGGCUGAAGUUGCGCAAUGAAGAAAACUUAAAAGACUCAAUGAAAUAUAAAAUGUAUGGAACUUAUAGAUAGAAGUUGAUAGUGCGCUAUAUUGUUUACAGAUUCUGCAUUUUGCCUGGAAUUAAAUUUAUGAAUUUAUAGAAAUAUUUCGCAAAAUGGCAAAAUCAAAUGCCAAAUGACCCUCUCUCUCUCUGAUGUCCAGGCUCGAUUUCUUUAAUUGUAUUAUUACAUACACAUAAAGACAAAACAUUCAAAAAGUCCAAUUGAGUGCAGUAGUAAUAUAAGGGUCAGAAUAUUUAAAUAGCAUAACGCAAUGAGCUCCGGCCAUUUUUGUCUAAACGCAGUUUUAGCGAUGUCGCUUUUGUAUACGAAAGGAACAGGAGAAAAAAAGUACAACGAUCUUAGAAAUCGAUAAACUAUGAAAACAUGCUUAACUUUGAUGCCAAUAUUAACGCUACUGAAGAAUGCCAUAGGUAUUUGACUUUAUCUGCGCUGUUAGGUGUUGAUCAUUGUUGACCAUAUUUAGAAUGUUCCCGAACAUUCAGUUUAAUUUGCAAAAGACUUAUUUUGAUAAAAAAUGUUAUUUCUAAAUUUCUACGUUUUUAUUUUAGAUAGGUGAAAUUUUUUUAUAAAAAAUAA